GGUAUAGGGACGAACACGAUGACGCUCUAAUCUCUCCGCCCAUUUCGAUUUUUGGUUCUCUAUUAAUCACUUCAGACCUCCAGAGCUUCAAAGCUUCGAGCUUUUCACUCUCACACUCUUAAAGACUCGAGCUUUUUGCGGGAGUUCGGAUUCGAUUUGGAGCUCUUUAGAUGUCGGCGGAGGCGGAGCCGUCGUCGACCUCGGGGUUCGUGACAGACGGCCCUGAUGACGUCGAAGACUACAUUUCGGCUAAUGAAGCGGAACCGGCACUGCCCUGGGACAUAUUUAGUCAUGUUUUUGAUCUUGUGCAGAAGGGAAACCAGGCAUUUCGAGAGAAUCGAUUUGAAGAGGCGAUUACUUGCUACUCAAGAGCCAAUCACAUUAAACCAUGUGACCCUGUUAUUCUUGGCAACCGAACUGCUGCCUAUAUCAGGAUCAGUAAAUUCCUUAAACGCAUACCGGCAUCGGCUUCUGAAUAUAGAGCACGGACUGGAUUAGAUCCUACAAUACAUGCUGAACUUGCUUUAAAGGAUGUGGAAAAGCUACUCAACGUCCGAAGUAAUUCAGCAAAACCUUACAUGCUGAAGGCUGAAGCUCUGACUUUGCUGGAAAAAUAUGAAAUGGCACGGGAUGUUCUAUUAUGUGGUCUUCAGGUUGACCCUUCUAGCACUCCUCUUCUGACAUGUCUCCAGAGUUUAGAGAGACAUCAAGUUCGCCAGACAGGGAAAACAAGCCAUAGCAAACCAGAAAGAAAAGCAGAACGCAGUGAUGAUUUUGAUUGCACAUUAUGUUUCAAGUUACUCUAUGAACCUGUGACAACACCUUGUGGACAUUCUUUUUGUCGAUCUUGUCUAUUUCAGUCAAUGGAUCGAGGUAACAAAUGUCCAUUAUGCCGGACCGUUCUGUUCAUUAGUCCUAGAACUUGUGCGAUCAGUGUGACUCUUAAUGACAUUAUACAAAAGAACUUCCCAGAGGAGUUUGCUGAAAGGAAGGCAGAGAAUGACACAAUAACAAACUUUGGUGUUGAUUUGAUGCCACUCUUUGUAAUGGAUGUCGUCCUUCCUUUUCAGAAGUUUCCACUUAAUAUUUUUGAGCCUCGAUAUAGACUUAUGGUGAGGAGGAUAAUGGAAGGCAACCGUCGGAUGGGAAUGGUCAUCAUCGAUUCCACAACAGGUUCCAUAGCUGAUUUUGCUUGUGAGGUGGAAAUUACUGAGUGUGAACCACUUCCAGAUGGGCGUUUCUAUUUAGAGAUUGAAAGUCGCCGAAGGUUUCGCAUAAUUCGAUCUUGGGACCAAGAUGGGUACCGAGUUGCAGAGAUUGAAUGGGUACAUGAUACAUGUCCACCAGAAGGAUCUAGAGAGAGAUCAGAAUUGCAGGAACUGACAAAUAAUGCAGCAGAAUAUGCUCGUUUAUGGAUUGGACGGGGUAAAAGAGCAGCAAGUCGAGAUCGAAGACGACUUGAGAAACUUCUCAGUGUAGAAGCAAUGAUGCCAUCAGUUCAAGAUCCUGAGCGCUUCAGCUUCUGGCUGGCGUCCCUUUCAAACCGACGUCCUCAUGAACGAUUGGAUCUCUUACGCUUGAGGGAUACAAAAGAGAGAAUACAACGGGGACUGAUUUAUCUCAGAGCAGAAGAGCAAGGUUGUCAAGUGCAAUGAGAGAAGCUGUAAUAUUAGGGUCAGUUUUUCAUUGCUGUUAUUUAAUAUGUAUACUCUCACAUACAAACAAACUGUAUACUCCAAUUCAACAUUCUUUGAUCCAAAAUGUUAAUGUUAGUGGUUCCCCAGUUAUUUGUUGACUGUUGUAACUUAUUGGGAUUGAUACCAACAUACAAAAAAAUAUAAAUAAAUAAAUAAAUAACCAGCAAA